AUGUUUAAAACUAGACUGCCGUUAAGGAUCUUGGCUAGCAGUAGACUUUUCAUACCAACAAACGGUGGUCUUUUACAAUCAAUUUCCAAUAUGACUGAAAAGAACGAAACUCCUGCCAAUCUCUUGAAACGUUCCAAUGUGGAAAGUGAUGCUCACCCAACUAAAAGAACCAAAUCCGUGGGAGACAACACUGAAGAGGAAAGGCGAUACCCCAAAAAGAAAGUAAUUCUACUUAUGGCAUACUGUGGCAAGGGCUAUUAUGGAAUGCAGAGAAAUCCUGGGAACACUCAGUUCAGGACCAUAGAAGAUGAUCUUGUUACAGCUCUUAUUAGAGCAGGCUGUAUUCCUGAAAACCAUGGCGAUGAAAUGAAAAAGAUGUCUUUCCAAAGAUGUGCCAGGACUGAUAAGGGUGUGUCAGCAGCAGGCCAAGUGGUUUCUCUGAAGCUGUGGCUGAUUGAAGAUAUUGUUGAAAAGAUCAACAAGCACCUGCCACCUCAAAUCAGAAUCCUUGGUCUGAAGCGAGUUACCCAAGGCUUCAAUUCCAAAAACAACUGUGACGCUCGGACAUAUUCUUACAUGCUUCCAACAGUGGCCUUUUCUCAUAAAGACUACAACAUCACCGAUAAAGCAGCCUUUCGCCUUGAUCCAGAAACGCUCCAGAAGGUUAAUCAUCUGUUUGCGAGAUACAAAGGAACCCACAACUUCCACAAUUUCACAUCCCAGAAGGCUCCAAAGGACCCCAGUGCCCGUCGCUACAUCACGGAAAUGUCCUGCGGAGAGCCCUUUAUCCUCAGUAAUAAUGAAUUUGCUGUCAUCAAGGUACGAGGCCAGAGCUUUAUGAUGCAUCAAAUACGCAAGAUGAUCGGACUAGUGAUCGCAGUCAUUAAGGGAUAUGCAGAGGAGAGCGUCAUGGAGCGGAGCUGGGAACAGGAAAAAGUGGAUGUACCCAAAGCCCCAGGACUUGGCUUGAUCCUGGAGAGGGUCCACUUCGACAGGUAUAACAAACGCUUCGGAGGAGACGGAGUACACGAAUGUCUCGAAUGGGACAGUGAAGAAGCAGCUAUCAAGACGUUCAAGGAGGCUCACAUUUAUCCUACCAUUGUGGAGACUGAAUGUCAGGAGGGCUCCAUGUGCAGCUGGAUGGCCACAUUGCCCAUACAUGACUUCCAAGGCACAGCAACUCAAACGCGGAGCAUGAAGGAGCAGAAACAGGUCUCUUGA